AUGACUCAAUUGCGACUCCUCAGGUACCACUUUCAGCAUGAUGAGGAAGAGCACUUCUCGAUGCGUUACGAUAACGAAACAUUUGAUGAAUUCAUGAGUUUUGAUAGUUGUUUUGGUAUCUGUUCACACCGUUAUUACAAGAUUGUAGGUUCAAUUAAUGGUCUGAUUUGUUUGUCAGACGAUUUUUUUAUUAAUAGUAGCGUUGUUAUUAUUUGGAACCCAGCCAAUAGAAAGACCUUGCAUGUUCCGUUUCCCCCUAGUUCAUUAUCAGGUCGUAUUCAUAAGUGUGUUGUUAGGUUUGGAUUCAAUUCUUGUACUAAUGACUUCAAGGUUGUGAGAAUUGUGUAUUUUUGGGAUUCGGACAUGAAUGUAUACAGAGUUGAUCCUGAGGUUAAGCAUGAGAAGGAACAAAAUCGCUAUUUGAUUUUGUCGUUUGAUAUGGAUUCUGAGGUUUUCUGGGAGAUGAUGCUUCUAGCUAUUGUUUCUAAUGGCCGCGAGUUAAAUAUGUCAAUUUCACCUUUUGGGGAACCUGUCUCUAUUAUGACGAUGGUGUUUUGUUAG